AUGGCAUCCUGGGAGCGGAAGUCCCUCUGGCUACGGGGGGCGGGCGCUUUCGAGCUGACGCCACUUCCCCCCUCUCUUUCUCGGCUCCGCCCUCGCGGCGGCUCCUGGAGUCCGCGCGCGCCCCCCUCCGCCGCCACCUGGGAUUGGUUGACGGCCUUUCUCUCUCUCGCGAGAGCCGGCCCCGCGAGGCCACGGUCCGCGCAUGCGCUGGCUCGUUGCGUGGCGUUUGUCAAGAUGGCGGCGCUCUUGCGGAGACCGGCGCGGCAGGCCUUGCAGGCGUUUGCAGGAAAACUUGACCAUAUUUCCUGGAUCCUGUAUUCAAGGCAGGGUUUCCAGACCACAGCUACAUGUCAUAAGAACCGAGCAGCUCGGGUUCGUGUUGGGAAAGGGGAUAAGCCUGUGACGUACGAGGAAGCCCACCCACCCCAUUAUAUUGCUCAUCGCAAGGGGUGGCUUUCCCAUCACACAAGUAAUCUAAAUGACGAGACGGGAGCUGGCGAGCGCGCAGUGGAGGACGUCUUCAUUCGCAAGUUCAUUUAUGGCACCUUCCAUGGAUGUCUGGCCAAUGAAAUUGUGCUGAAGCGCCGUGCCAAUAUUUUGAUCAUCUGCGCCAUCUUUGUGCAGAAACUGCCGCCCUCUAAGUUCUAUUUCCUGAUUGGCUACACAGAGGUGCUGCUCUCCUUCCUGUAUAAGUGCCCUGUCAAGAUGGAAGUGCAGACGGUCCCUGAAAAAGUUGUCUAUAAAUAUCUGUAGUCUUGACUGGGUGCGGCUCCAGUGGAUCCCUGAGCCAUGGCUGAAUUGGACUUCUUGUCUAGCUUAUUGUUGCUUUCCAGCCAGUGAUUCUCAUGGAC